AUGUUGCAUCUCAUAUGGUUCAGUAGCCACAACAAAUAUGAUGAAUGCAAGAUUACGGAAUUAACAUCGCUGCUGCAUAUAUUUGGAUACAAAGAUGAGGGAGAAGGACUGCUCAAUGAUACGAACAAGCACAAGGGUGAAGUGUUUGUUAAGGUGAACCUGCCAGAAGAUAUAGAUUGGAAGAGUGUAAUUUCGAGAAGCGUUUUAAUAAAGGGUAUUAUACAAAUUUGGAGUGAAGGGUCAACAUACGAUGACGUAUUAAAUGACUUACUAAAGAAGCUGCAUUUAUUUUGUACCAAUUUGGAGGAUAAAAAAUGGCGUUUUCAUUUUAAUUCAUUUGGGAAAAUGGUCAGUCAAUAUGAUAAAGUAAAAAAAAUGGAACAUUUUAAAGUCAUCCUUGACAAAUACCCUAAAGUCGAUUUGUCGUCCCCUGAAGUAGAAUUAGGCCUUCUAGAAGAAUAUGAUCAAAACAACCUCGGAAUUUUAAAAAAAAUAUAUUUUGGGAAAUCCAUGGCCCUACGAAAGAACAACAAAACUUUAGUGUAUAAAAGAAACGACGAAGGUCACAUGAUAAAUGAUGUAAGAACCAAAAAGACGCAACUAGCAUGGUGGAUACAUUACUCUUUAAACAAAAGACCCGUUUUAGGCCCAACCACUACUGAUAACGAAUUAGCCUUCCUGAUGUGUAACAUUGCAAAAAUUAAGGCAGGACAAAUUGUGUUGGAUCCCUUCGUUGGGUCGGGGGGGCUACUAAUCACGUCCUCCAUUUUUAACGCUAUAUGUGUAGGCAAUGACAUAGACAUAAGGUUACUGAAGGGAUAUAAAAUUGCCUACUUAAAUCCUCAUAUGCAGCAUAAAAGUACAAAUAAAAAUAUUUUUGAAAAUUUUUUGCAUUAUGAUUUGAGCCUUCCGGAAAUUCUCGUGUCUGAUAAUUCGAAGCCCGUUUGGAAUGCCUUUCACAAACCCUGGGUUGAUGCCAUCGUUACUGAUCCGCCGUAUGGUAACAGGGCCACCGUCCGCAUAUGCCUCAAACAUGCCCAGGCAGGGGGAUCUACCGAGGACAGGACCCCAGCGAAUGCGGUUACCCUCCCCGCAGGCCAUAGCAGUGAUGGAAGCGAAAGCCCAGAUAACCACGACAACUGCGACAUUAGCGAUAAGGAUGGAGCAGGAUUAACUCCCCAGUGCGACAGUGUAGAUCAUAAAAGAGUAAAAUCUUUUAUGACUACAAAAACGGUCACGUACAGCUGCACAGAAGCGGUGAAGGAUUUGCUCAACAUUGCUUCCAUUACGCUGGUUGAUAACGGCAUGUUGGUAUUUCUCCUACCAGUGCAGUUGGAUAAUUUGGAAGAAGAAAUUGCCAUACUAAAGCAUGAUGAUUUUUUUCUCAUUUCAUACGACUUGCAAACGUUUACACCAUGUUCUGGAAGGUUCAUAGUGUCGAUGCAGCGCAAGUGUAGGAAGCCUUCUAAUUAG